AUGAAACUUUGGGUGUUGACCAUCAUUUUAUUCGGAAUCGCUCUCGGUGAUCUCUCUGAUGCAGACAAAAAAAGAUUCGAUUGCCAUCCGGAGAAAGAUGCAAGCCAACAGAAUUGCGAGGCUCGCGGAUGCGUUUGGUCCGAGUUGCAAUCGAGUGACUCAUUUCUCCCAUGGUGUAUCCAGAAAGCAGACAAGAUCGGUUAUAAAGUCACCGCGCAGAACGGGAACAACUACACGUUAAUGAAAAACGAUGGCCCCAAAUCUCCGUGGGACACCGACAUCCAGCAGAUUCAAAUGGUCGUGAAGUCGAUCGGCAAAGUGCUGAAUGUGAAGAUCGGCAAAGAUGGAAGAUACGAUCCACCAGUUGAUCUCCCGAAAAUCGCAGUCGAUUCGACGGACUCUCUAACGCUUCAAGUGAACGACAAAAGCGAUCCUUUCUCUUUCGUAGUGCAACGGCAAAGCAAUGGCCGAAGAUUGUUCGACACGAGCAUUGGCGGUCUCAUCUUCACGGAUCGUUUCAUCCAAAUCGCCACCUAUCUCCCGUCGAAAUUCAUGUACGGAUGGGGAGAGAACAUUCAUAAACAAAUCAAUCAUGACUUCACCCGGUAUCUCCGUUGGGGAAUGCUCGCCCGGGACGAGCCGCCAGACAGCGGCAGUCUUGACACAAAGAAUCUAUACGGUGUUCAACCCUUCUAUAUGGUGCUUGAACCCGAGGGGAACGCACAUGGAGUGCUCAUCUUAAACAGCAAUGCACAGGACGUGACAACCCUGCCGGCGCCUGGGCUCAUCUAUCGAACGAUUGGCGGCAAUUUGGACAUGUAUUUCUUCCCUGGGCCAACCCCCGAAGAUGUCAUCACACAGUACUACAAUUUCAUCGGGAAACCCUUUUUGCCACCAUACUGGGCGUUGGGAUAUCAGCUUUGCCGCUAUGGUUACAAGUCUUUGGCCGAGGCGGAAUCAGUGAUUCAAACAAUGCGCAACGCUGGAAUCCCUCUUGAUGUCGCCGUUUUCGAUAUCGAUUACAUGAUGAGAUAUAAGGAUUUCACGAUUGGAUCGGGCUGGGAGAAUUUGCCUGCUUACGUGAAUCAGCUGCACGACUGGGGAAUGCGUGUGAUUCUCAUCUGGGACCCAGCCAUUCAAGUCGAUUACGACACUUUCCAGAGGGGAAUCAGCUCGGGAGCUCGUUUCAUCGAAUGGGAAAAGUCAUCACAAGUGCAGAACGCGUUGAACGAUCUCUACCCACUCACAAAAGGAAAACUGACAAUGCUUGGAGUGGUGUGGCCGGAUCGUCAUGUCGCUUUCCCCGAUUUCCUUGACACAAGCGGGCAGACAGCCAAAUGGUGGAGUGCUGAGUUUCAGCAGUUCUAUCAACAGGUGCGCUUCGAUGGGAGUUGGAUUGACAUGAACGAGCCAUCUGUCUUCGGCACGAAUGAGCAAGAUCCAUGUGUAAUCGUUUUCUUUGGGUACUAUCACAAUUCGGAUCACCCGAACGCUCCCCCGCUUUUCUGUCCGACCUCUGGAGAUGACUCUUAUUGGGAGAAUGCUCCCUACCUCACGCAAGCCGUUUAUCAAUAUGAUGGAAGUGCCCUUUACACGAAAACGCUUUGCAUGCUUGCAAGGACGGCAAAUCGAACACAACCCUUUUACAAUACAAAGAACCUCUACGGCUGGUCUGAGGCCAAAGCCACCAAAGCGGCCCUUCAAGGCGCGACGAAGCAACGCGGAGCUGUCAUCACGAGAUCCACAUUCCCAUCAAUCGGCAAAUACGCGGGUCACUGGCUUGGCGAUAACACGGCUCGUUGGGAGGACUUGCAGACAUCAGUCAUCGGUGCCCAAGAGUUCAACAUGUUCGGCAUUCCGUACGUUGGUUCCGAUGUCUGCGGUUUCAUCGGCGCAACCACCGAAGAGUUGUGCUUGAGGUGGCAACAAAUGGGAUCUUUCCACUCGUUCUUCAGAAAUCACAACGACAACGGCUCCCCAGCACAACAGCCGACCGUCUGGCCGACCGUGGCCGCAGCGACGAAAAAAGCGAAUCUUUUCCGCUAUCGUCACUUGCCAUAUCUUUAUUCACUUCACUUUGCCGCUUCUCUUCGUGGUUCUCCAGUGAUUCGCCCGGUUUUCUUCUCGUUUCCCAACGACGAGCUCACCCCGACGCUUUCCUAUCAAUUCAUGUGGGGUCCGGCGGUGCUGGUGGCCCCAGUUGUGACCCAGGGAUCCACCUCUGUCUCAGUCUAUCUCCCCGGCGGUAUCUGGUACUCAAUCUUCGACUAUCUCGAGUAUCAAAGCGUCGCCCCUGGGAAAAACGAUUACCCCGCACCGACUACAUCGAACAUUCCGACGUUCAUUCGAGGUGGCUACAUCGUUCCCCGGCAGAACCCCAACGUCACCACGGUCGACUCGCGAAAGAAUCCGUUUGGCUUGCUCGUGGCACUUGAUGGCACCCACACGGCGAACGGGGAAAUGUUCUGGGAUGACGGGAUCACGAUCGCCGACGAUAUCACCACUCUCGACUAUCAUCGAUUCCAGUUCAAAUUCUUCGAUGCGCCCACCUCAGGCUCGUUGACGAUCGAGAGAACGAAUAAAGCGAACAACGUUCCCCUUCCAACUCUCGAUGAGAUCAUCGUUUGCGGUUAUUCAAACACGCCCGAUCUCACCGCAUUCACCAUCAACGGGAAACAAGUGAACGUGAACAUGCAAACGAGUAGCUACAGUCCGUUCACACAGAUCCUCACCAUCAAAACGAACAAUUUGAUCGAUUUGACCACAGCUGAAACGAUAUUGGUGAAAUGGAACGCAAAAGCGCCCACCAAUAACCAUGAAAAUCACGUCAGAUAUCGUUUCAACGAUUUGAUU